AGCGAAAUUUCAGUAUCAGUUUUGCCUAUAGUGUACGCGCGCAAAGACGUAGUAAAGAAGAAAAGCUCCUCGAGCGAUCAUAAGUGGAGAAUUGACAUUCGUGAAUAAAAGCGCAAAAACGAAAAACAAACAUUUUGAAAAUCUAUAAAACGAUUACUGUACCCUCUCAGCACCACUAAAGCAUUUACAGAAAACCGCAAAAAUGUCUCACUCAGUGACAAUCACCAGAACGACCACCAGCACGACAAAUACAUCGUAUAUUGUACUUAAUACUGGAUACUUGAAGUCAUUCACGGGUCUAUUAAAAUUAUUCGAAAUGCUGAUCGGUAUUGCCACAGUCGGCAUCUUCGGCUAUUACUGGAACGGAAGUGCUUCUUCGGCUGAAAUCUUCUUCUUCCUCAUGGCCACGACAUUCCUGAUAGGAACAUUUUGCCUUCUACUAUCCUGUUUAACGUCGCUCAGCACGGGCGGCAUCAUAUCGAAGACCAUUUAUGAACUUAUCUAUCACAGCGUAGCUGCCAUUUUGCUGUUGGCCGCUUCUUUGAAUCUCGUCAUCGUGUUGAACGACAGAUACUUCCGACACGGCAAGCAAUACGACGCCUACAUGGCGGCCGGUAUUAUGGGACUUGUGAACACGGUGCUCUACUUCAUUAGCGCAUUCUUGGCUCACCGAUCAUAUCGCGGCAUCUAAAGUUGCUCGGCCAACUGAAGUCACCGAAUUUGCGACGUUUGAUUUCACUUCGUGUGUGGCGCGUUUCCGAGGGUGUUCAUUGCUGGAAUUCGUCUUUUUUUACUACGAUUAAUUAAGUUAUAAUAAAUAUAAGAUUUAUUUAAAUAUUUAGGAAGCGCACAGCGGAAUCUACAUACAUACUUGUCUAAAAUUGUGUGACCAAUUUUUCAGUCACAGUUUGCAAAAGUCCGAAAAUGCAGCAAGCGAAAGAUUUAAAUGCAAAAGCAAACCAAAAAUACUUACUAAAAAUUAUAUAAGUACUGUCACCAUUUUUUAUAAAUACUCGACUAUUAUGUACAUGUUUUGCUAUGUAUACAUAUACUAUAUAUAUAUAAAGUUUUAACAAACAUAAA